CCCAGGGGACCCGCUAGGGAUUGUGUGACUUUACCGGAUUUAAUCUCCCCAGUUUCGAUUGCGAUACUUCUCUCGGUGCGUCGUUUGUGAAAAGUUAAUGAGGGAAGCCACAGGUUCCAAUUAUCAACGCAAGCAGUCAAUCGCGGUCGUUGGCCAUUCCCAGGGGGUGUUUCGUUGUGCGGUUGUGUCGGUGAACACGGGACAGCUUUUGGUAGAAUAGAACGCCAAGGGUCGUCGGUCGUCGUCGUCGUCGUCAUGAUGGCUUUCAGAUGGCUGGUGUCAUUUGUCACGCUGGCGGCCGUGACUUGCUGCGUGCGUGCGGAGAACAUACUUUUCCUGCAGUCCACUCCAUCGAAAAGCCAUCACAUCUGGAAUCGGCAAAUUUUCGACCGCUUGUACGAGAAUGGCCACAAUCUCACGAUUCUCUCGUUCGAGCAGGAAACCUCCGUGCCGGGCAAAACGUUUCUGGUAAUGGAAGGGUUUUACGAAAAGAUGAUGGCAGCGUUUGCUGACAGUGCGUCCGAUUUCUACUCCUACGAGAACACGUUUGGGAACAUUAUGAACGUGUAUCAGUAUUACACCGUGAGCGGUCGGAUUCUGGAGGAACAGGACGCGAUCAAGCAGUUACUGGACUACCCGAAGUCGUUCCGCUUCGAUCUGAUCAUCCACGAUUUCACGAUGGGACAGUUUUUGCUCGGAUUUGUGGAACACUUCCGUAACCCGCCGCUCGUGUCCAUCUCGCCGUACAACAUUCCCUCGUACACGCAGUACCUGGCGGACAUUCCGCUCUACCCGACGUAUGUGCCGCACCCGACCUCCACCUUCAGCUCGCAGAUGACCUUCAUCGAGCGGGUGAAGAACACACUCUACUGGGGGUUCGAUAUGCUCUACCGGCAGCAAGUGUACAUGCCCAACGAGAACCAGCGCAUGAAGCGCGUCUUUCCGGGCGCUAAUUUGACGCACGUUAAACUGCUCGAGCGCCGGUCGGAGCUGGUGCUGGUGAACAGUGAUCCGGCGGUCGACUUUUACCAACUGCUGCCACCGAACGUGGUGCAGGUGGGCGGGUUGCAUAUAAAGCGCACCGAAGAAAUGCCCGUGAUGAUGAAACAGUUUAUGGCACGCGCCAGCAGGGGUGUUAUAGUGUUCAGCUUCGGCACGAACGUGCAGAGCGAAAUGCUCGGUACGGAAGUGAACCGCCAGCUGCUGGAACUGUUUCGCAGCAUGCCCGAGUACGGGUUCAUCUGGAAGCAUGCGAACGCCGAAAAGAAGGUGAUGCCACCGAAUGUGCUAAUGACUUCCUGGGUACCCCAGUCGGCGGUGCUGGCCGACGGUCGCACGAAGCUGCUGGUAAGCCACGGCGGGUUGCUUAGCUUACAGGAAGCCGCCUGGAACGGUGUGCCUGUUAUCGGGGUGCCCUUCUUUGCCGAUCAGUUCUCGAACGUGCACCGGCUCGAGGUGGCCGGCAUUGGUAUCGGCAUACCGUCGACCAAACUGAACGCCGAAACCCUGAAAGAGGCAAUGGACAAACUGUUGAGCGAUCCCAGUUAUCGUGCACGUGCCAAAGAGCUGUCGGUUCGCUUCCGCACGCAACCGGAGACGCCGCUCGAUCGGGCCAUCUUCUGGAUCGAGAAAGUGAUCGCCGGCAAGGGGCUGCGCUAUCUGCGUGCCCCGACGCGCGAUAUGGCCCCGUAUCAGGUGUACGGUCUCGACAUGGUUGCCGUAGUGCUGCUGAUCGCGCUCGGAUACUAUCUUAUCUUCAAGCGUCACUCGAAACCGGCCGGGGCGCUCCAAGCCCCGGACGGCGCAAAACCCAAGACGGAAUAGCCGGGGGGAUUUUUCUCAGAAUACACGACACAGUAUCAAAUGGGGCGCCA